GCGGCAACGAAUCGGCGCGGAUUCCUGCCCUCCGAACCCCACAGAAGCGGAGACAGGCUCUGCGCUAGUGUUUUGCCCGCACGAAAUGCCGAUAUGUACCUCAGUAACCAAGGAAGUACCAAAGUAUCCAACGAGCUCUCUGGCAAAGUACGGUCGAUAAUAUACCCCACUACAACCCCGCCAUGGACUGCAUAGAGACAAUAAGUACUCAAUCAUCCACCGCUGCCGCACUCGAGCUGCUAAUCUAUCGAAAGAAACAACAACCCAUCAUUUCCACCGCUUCCGACACUCAAUGGCCACCCAGACACAGCUAUCACACCUCCGCGCCCAGUCAGCGAUAGACUGCGACACGCUCGACGUUUCCGUCGCGGAGGCCCUGGGGCCCUUCGCCGACUGCACCUCGAACCAAGCGAUAGCGCUCGGCGAGCUGACCAAGCCCGCAAACGCCCCGGUCCUCACCGCUGCUGCGACGAUCGCGCUCUCGCACCCAUCGCCGACACCCACACUCGUCUCCGAAAUCGCCUCAUGCCUCCUCUCCGCGCGGAUCCUUCCCCACCUGACCGGGUACGUGCACACGCAGACGAACCCGCUGCACGCCUUCAGCACCUCCGACACGGUGGCGGACGCGCGGCGCAUCGUGAGCAUCUACGCGACGCUGUCCCCGUCGAUCACGCGCGAGCGCGUGUGCAUCAAGAUCCCGUCGACGUGGGAGGGCCUGCAGGCGUGCCGCAUCCUCGAGGCGGAGGGGAUCCGCACGCUCGCGACGACGCUGUUCACGCUCGUGCAGGCGAAGAUGGCCGCGCGCGUCGGAUGCACGUAUGUCGCGCCGUACGUCAACGCGCUGAGAGUGCACUUCGAGGAGGGCUACGUGGAUGCCCAUCCCGGCUUCGAGAUCGCGGUUGCCGCGCAGAAGUGGUACGAGGUCGUCGGCGCGAAGACGCAGGUGCUCGCGGCGAGCUUUGUUGCGCCGCACGAGGUGAUGCGGCUUGCCGGGUUAAAACAUGUUACCGUCUCCCCGCCGCUGUUGGCCGGGUUUAGUCAGGAGGCGUUCGUGCACGGACAGGCGCAGAGUUUGGUCGACGCAUGGGCCGAAAGCGUGCAGGAGACGGAAAUGGGCGAGCUAUUGACCGAAUCCCAGUGGAGGCUGGAACUCAAUCGCGAGGAUGCCGGGCGCGGCGCGCUGAAGCUCGUUGACGCGAUCAACAUCUUUUCGGAUGUGCAGGAGAAGCUGGAUGCGUUGUGUGCGGGCGCGCUGGAGACGGUGAGGGCUGCGGCGUGACUCUGCGGUGCGGUGCCGUGUUCCGGUGAAUGAGUGCGCUCGAUAGCAAUUGCAGUUAUAUCAACGCGUACAUAACUAUUUCGCCACAUGGUUUCAAGCGCAGUCGUGCUUGGGCGGGACUGUCACGGCA